AGCCCUGUAAUAUUGCAAACCUGUUUGUGCUUCUCUCAGCAGCAGGAAAAAUAAAAAAGAAAUCCACGAGCAGAUUAUCAAAGCCAGGAUUUUGGACCUUGGCUGUGUUUGUUAUCCCUGCACAUCUAUGGAAAGAAAGCAGCUUAAAAAAGAAGUGGAGAAACUUCUGGGUGACUAUGUUGGAACUACUCUUCGAGAAAAGGAGUUUGAUCCAAAGGGGCGAAAAGAAUCCACAUUGCUGGAUGAAAUGGCUCAUUAUGACCUCGCUAUUGGUGUUGCAUUACAGUGGCUUAGCACAUCUGAUGAGCUGAAAAAAGGAAAUAUAAAGUUGCCUCUGAACCAACACAAAUACCCCAAUAGGAUGGAAAGGGAAGCUAUGAUUUUAUCCACUUUUGCAGGAACAGUAAUGAAUCAUCUACCAGUGGAAGAUGUGUUUGAAAUUUAUGGGAACAAAAAUUCAGCAACACAGCUUCAGAAUUCAACCAAGGGUCACUGGACACAGGCCUUUAAUCUUUCAUUACAUCCAUUUGCCAUGCUGACUGCCCCUCAGGCUGCAGAACAUGCGUUGAAGCAUUGUAGCCGAAUGUAUAAAUCCACAAGUAGAAGUUUUAACAGUACAGCAAAAGGGUUGAAACCACAGACUGCAGCUGUAAACCAGCAUGAAACUGAUUCUGAAAGAGAAAACACUUCAACUGAAUCAUUAACAGAAGGGAGCCUAACAGAUCUUAAUGAAGACAAUGGUGAAGAUUCUGAAAUUUGCAGUUAAAUUAAUUACUUAUUUGUGUGUUAUUUCUUUCUUUUU